CUUUCCCGCAGGCGCGGCGGGGCCGUUCCCCCCGCCUCAAGCCCAGCUCCGCCCCGCCGCCGGGUCCUGAGCUCGGCGUAAGAUGGCGGCGCCCAGCGCGGCGGGGCUGGGCCGGCGGCUGCGGGCCUGGUUGCCCCGGCUGACACAAGUGAGAUGGAGUCGCUACAACCCCAGCUUCUUAGAGCCAGAAGUGAACAAGGAAUUGUAUCGGAAGCCUUGGGAUGAGUUGUCUGAGGAAGAAAAGGAAAAACAAGAGCUUAGGGCUCUUCAACCCAUAAAAGCAGCUCCUCCCAAUGUGUCCUGCUCUGUGUUCAGUGACCCUACGAUCAGCAAAUUCACCAAUAUGAUGAUGAAGAAUGGAAAUAAAGUGCUGGCCAGAAGCCUCAUGGCUCAGACUCUAGAGGCCAUUAAGAGGAAGCAGCUGGAGAAGUACCACAAAGCUCCAGAAGAUGAGAAGGAGAAAAUUGAAUGCAACCCUUAUGUCAUUUUCCACCAGGCUCUGAAAAACUGCCAGCCCAUCAUUGGACUUAGCAACAUCACGAAAGGUGGCAAAACCUACCAGGUCCCAGCCCCCCUGAAGGACAAUCGGAAACGCUUCCUGGCCAUGAAGUGGUUAAUCACUGAGUGCAGGGAGAACAAGCACCGGCGCAUGCUGAUGCCUGAGAAGCUCUCCCAGGAGCUGCUCCUAGCCUUCAACAACGAAGGGCCCAUCAUCAAGAAGAAGCAUGUGCUGCACAAGAUGGCAGAGGCCAACCGGGCUUACGCCCACUUCCGCUGGUGGUAGGGACUCUGUGGUGGGGACGUGUGUGCUGCACGGCACUGCCACCACCCCAGCAGCCUGGGGAACAGAGUCCCAGAGCUGCCUGCCUGAGAGAAGCUGGGGAGAAGAGGGAAGGGUGGAAGCUCCCUUCUGACAGCUUCGGAGCUCAACCAGGGGAAGCCUCUCCAAUCCCCCCAAGGUUCGUUUCCUUUGUGCUCAUUUGGAUGGGGGAAUGGGGAAUUGAAAAUAGUUACUGACCCCUGCAUGGACAUUCUAGUUUUUUAAUCGUUUUCCUGUGAAGACAAGCCCUGAAUGCUUUUGUUAGAGCAACACUGUACAGAAUAAUCUCUCUAUUCCACUUACCUGUUUCCUGGGGACUUUUAAGUCUCUGCUCCUGUGAUCAGUAACAUUUUUCUCUUUCUAGCGCUAUAGCUAGGGAAGAGCAGAUCUGGAUUUUUUUUUUCCAUACCAUAGCCAGCCUAAGCAUGAUUGGUACAAAAGGCAAUAAAAUGUUCCUUUUGGUUCUGGUCAUCAACAACAUUCUCUGCCCAGAUCUGUUGGGGGAUGUGAACAGGAAAAAUAAAGCUGGUCCUUUAUAGGAAA